GGCCUCAACUUACAGAACUGCGCUCCUCGGGCUCCGAGAGCGUUUCCCAUUUAAACAAACAGUGGCGAAGAUGGCGGAGAGUUCAUGUGUGUGAAGAAGACAUCUAUCGAGCGUCGGCGGAAAGACAGAGAGAGAGACACGCGCCGACGACAAGAAGUCGUCCCCUUUUAUUUAACCCAGUUCCGAGCACACGGACGCGUUGGACUGUUGAAACACGUGAAGCAGCUCAGACCUGUUUCUUCACAACCUGCACGUUCGCCGUGUCCAUGUGACACACGAGUGAGUCCGUGUCAGACGAAGACUCAGUUAACCAGGCAAAGGACCACAAUCUAAUCAUCCAUCAUCUCGGCGCCAUUUUCAAGGUGCUGAUAUGUGUACGCGAUGAGCGGACUGGGGGAGAACUCCAUGGAGCCUCUGAGCUCGGAAAACCGAAAACGCAAGCUCUCCACUUGCGACACGCCCGGUCUGGGGUGUGACAGGAAGCGUCGGGAGCAGGAGAGCAAGUACAUCGAGGAGCUGGCGGAGCUGAUCUCGGCCAACCUCGGCGACAUCGACAGUUUCAACGUCAAGCCGGACAAAUGUGCCAUCCUCAAAGAGACGGUGCGGCAGAUCCGCCAGAUCAAAGAGCAGGGAAAAGCUUCAUCCAACGAUGACGACGUGCAGAAGUCGGACGUGUCCUCAACGGGUCAGGGGGUCAUUGACAAGGAUCACCUGGGGCCGCUGCUGCUGCAGGCUCUGGACGGCUUCCUGUUCGUGGUGAACCGGGAGGGCAGCAUCGUGUUCGUGUCUGACAACGUGACACAGUACCUUCAGUACAAACAGGAGGAGCUCAUCAACACCAGCGCCUACAACAUCCUCCACGAGGACGACCGCGAGGAGUUCCACAAGAACCUGCCCAAGACCAACAUAAAUGGGGUGUCGUGGGGAAGCGAGGCGGCCCGACAUAAGAGUCACACCUUCACGUGCCGGAUGCUGGUUAAGUUUGGCCACGUCCACGGCCCCAUGGAGGAGGGGCCCGCGGGGCCGCGCUACGAGACCAUGCAGUGUUUCGCUCUCACGCAGCCCAAGGCCAUGAUCGAGGAGGGGGAAGACCUGCAGUCAUGUAUGAUCUGUGUGGCCCGUCGGGUGACGGCCGUGGAGAGAACGGAGAGUUUCAACACGCGACACGAGCUCUCAGGUAAACUGAUCCAGAUCGACCAGAACUCUCUGCGAGCAUCGAUGCGUCCGGGCUGGGAGGACUUGUUGAGGCGUUGCAUUCAGAUGUUCCUGCAGCACAGUGACGGGCAGCCGUGGUCACACAAACGACACUACCACGAGGCCUUCCUGCAGGGUCACGCCGAGACGCCGCUGUACCGCUUCUCCCUGUCCGACGGCACGCCGGUCACGGCCCAGACCAAGAGCAAACUGUACCGCCACCCCAUGAGCAACGAGCCGCAGGGCUUCAUCUCCACUCACCUGCUGCAGAGAGAACCAAACGGUUACCGCUCAUCUCAGGGCGGGACCAUGAUGCCUAACCCCAUGAGACAACAGGGUAUGGGAGGCCCCAACCCCAACGCCCAGAUGAACAUGAACUCCGGCGGUGGUGGGAUGGGGAUGGGCGGCAUGAACAGGGGCUAUGGCAUGAACGAGCCGGGCCACAUGGGUCACAUGGGAGGCGGCUCCAUGUACGGAGGGGGCAGCGGUGGGGGCGGCGGCGGCAUGGGCAACCGCAUGAUGCAGAUGAAUCCGAUGGGGCCGAUGAAUCAGGUGGGGCACAUGAGUCAGAUGGGCCCCAUGACUCAUCCGGGCCAGGGCAUGCAGCCGCACCCUCAGCAGCCCCCGUUUCAGAGCAGCGGCGGCUUCGGGCUCGGAGGCAUAAGCAGCCCCUCGGGCAGCCCCCGGAUGGGCGGCCCCCAGCCGGGGGGACUCCUGAUGUCACCGCGGAACCGAGGGAGCCCGAAAAUGGGUGCCAACCAGUUUUCUCCUGGAGGCAUUCACUCUCCGAUGAGUGGCAUUGGCAGCAGUGGAGGCGGCACCACCUCCUUCUCCAGCAGCUCCCUGAACGCCCUACAAGCCAUCAGUGAGGGAGUGGGGAGCUCGCUCCCCUCCACGCUGAUGUCGCCCUCGCCAGCCCACAAACCAGACAGCUCACCCAGCAUCCACUCCUCCUCCUCCUCCUCUCAGCCAAGUCAACCUGCCAAACCAGGACCAGACGGCUCCAAAAGCCCGGCGGGAGGCUUAGUGCCCGGACCUGCAGACCAUCACCACCCGAUGCACCACCACCACCACCACCACCAGCAGCAACAGCAGCAGCAGCAGCAGCAGCAGCAGCAGCAUCCUCAGGCUGAGAGUUCCGGAGACCGACCAGACAGCCAGGCGGGUUCAGCGACUAAAGAGGCCGGGGAGGGGAGCAACGAGGCCGGGGUGGCGAGCGCCGAACACUCUCGGAGGCUACAGGACAGCAAGGGGCACAAGAAGUUGCUGCAGCUGCUGACUUCUCCAACGGAGGAGCUGGGAAUGGGCGGUGGUGGGCCGACGGGUCCCCCUGCACCGCCCCCACCAACCAGCACUCCCGCAGGAUCAGACAGUAAGGACCCCGCCGGAGGCAUGACGAGCCCCUCGUCCACUGGGGUCUCCUCCUCCUCCUCCGCCUCAGCCAGUGCCAAUCCAUGCCAGGUGACCGGGCCAGGGGGAGUGUCCACAUCGCUAUCGUCGGCCCACUACACGGGCUCACUGCAGGAGAAGCACAAGAUUCUCCACAAGCUUCUCCAAAAUGGCAACACCCCAGAUGACGUCGCCAAGAUCACGGCCGAGGCCACGGGAAAGGUGACACUCGGGAACCAGGAUGGUGGCGAGGUCGGGACGGGAGGAUCGGGGGCCGGGCCUGGGUCCGUCACGGAGCCCAAGCAGGAGCAGCACAGCCCCAAGAAGGAGAAGACCCACGCUCUGCUCCACUACCUCCUCAACAAGGACGACUCCAAAGAGCCGUUGGAUGUCAAGCCCAAACUCGAAGAGCUAGAGGGGAAGGGACCUCCGGGGGCCGCUGGCGGCCCCCCGCGAAACGGCCCCGGAUCCGGGCCUGGCUCCGCACCUGAGCAUCCGGAGAGCAAGAUCAAAUCUGAACCGCCUGACGACUUGCACAACCUGGAGUCGAUCCUGGGAGACCUGAGGGGUUCCAGCUCAGACUUUUACCCGGAUCAGGCCGGAGGAGGGGCCAACGACACAGGGACCAAACCUCAGGGUUGCCUUGACGACAGCCUGCGGGGGAGUCCAGGACUGGGUGCGGGGCCUCGGGGUCCCUUCCAGAGGACCAUGUCCAUGGAGGGGAAGCCUCCCGGUGGCCCUGGGGGAGCCGGCAGACGACCCAUGCUCAUCAAGCAGGAGAUGCUGGGCAGCCCAGACAGCUACCCUGGAAACAUGGGACCGAUGAGCAGGGGCAUGGUUCCCCAGAGGUCUCCCAUGGGGGGGUCGGGCGAGUGGGGCAUGCCCCGCUCCAGUGUCAGUCCCGUGGGCUCAGCGGGACACCCGUCCAUGAUGCGCCCGGGCAUGGAGUACAACAACGGCAAGGGCAUGAUGUCGGGGCCCAUGGUCGGCCGCUCCAACAGCGUGCCGGGCUCCAGGUCCAUGCUGCAGCAGCAGCUCAUGGAUAUGGGAGGCUCCGCCGACAUGGGCAUGGGUAUGGGCCCCUUCAGCCAGCAGGCCCUGCCCAGCCAGUCCCCCUCCUGGCCAGACACCAUGAUGGGCAUGGAGGGCAACAGGCGGCAGUUCGGCAGCACCCUGGACGACCUGCUGGUGCCCCCGACCACGAGUGAGGGUCAGAGUGACGAGCGGGCACUGCUGGACCAGCUGGACUCGCUGCUGAACAACACCGACGGCAUCGCCCUGGAGGAGAUAGACCGAGCCCUGGGCAUCCCAGACCUCGUCAGCCAGACGCAGGGAGGAGAGCAGCAGCUGGAGCCUUUCCCAGGACAGGACCCGUCCAUGGUGCUGGACCAGAAGCCCCACUACGGACAGGGCUACCCCGGACCGCCCACCAUGCCCAUGCAGCAGUCCGGCUAUGGGGGGAACCCCAUGCAGGCUCAGGCCCAGCAGGGUGGGUUUGGGCCCAUGCUCUCACAGAUGGGUCAGGGCGGCAGCUUCCCCGGCAUGGGCGGCAUGGGGGGCAUGGGGCACCCUCGCGCCAACAUGAUGAGACCCCGGAUGAUGAGCGCCAACAAGCCCAUGAGGCUCCAGCUGCAGCAGAGGCUGCAGGGGCAGCAGUUCAUGAAUCAGACGCGGCAGGGCAUGGCCAUGAAGAUGGAGAACCCGGGAGUGAACCCCGCCAUGAGGCCUGGGAUGCAGCCUGGCAUGGCCGGACAGCAGGGCUUCCUCAACGCUCAGAUGAUGGCCCAGCGCAGCAGGGAGAUGGUCACCAUGCAGAUGCGGCGGCAGCGCAUGAUGAUGCUGAUGCAGCAGCAGCAGCAGCAGGCGGCGGCGGCCGCAGCGGCGGCUGCAGCGGCGGCAGCAGGGGGAUUCAGUCCGCCUCCGAACGUCACGGCUCCUGGUGGCAUGGACCCCGCGAUGGGAGGUCCGAGCAUGGGCCAGCCGGGCCCGCAGCAGUUCGGCUACGGUGGCAACUACGGGAUGGGACAGCAAGCAGACCCCUCGUUCGGCCCAUCUGGCGGCAGUCCGCCUAAUGCCAUGAUGCCGGGCCGCCUGGGGCCUCAAAAUCCCAUGAUGCAACAGCACCCACAGGGCGGUCCCAUGUACCAAGGCGCUGACAUGAAAGGCUGGUCGCAGGGAGGCAUGGGACGCAACAGUACGUACCCUCCGCAGCAGUUCGGGCAGCAGGGACCUCCGGGGCAGCAGCAGUUCGGGCAGCAGGGACCUCUGGGGCAGUACGGAGGCAUGAUGAUGAACGGGGGAAUGGCGGCCAGCGGAGGAGGAGGAGGAGGAGGUGGAGGAGGACACAUGGGCCAGAUGGGAGGACAGAUGGGGAUGAACCCGAUGGUGAUGGGACGCAUGCCCAUGGGGCCCGAUCAGAAAUACUGCUGAAGCUGGUGACAGAAGCAUUUCUCUCACUGUGACCUCCAUCCAGAGUCGGGACGCAGCUGAAGCACUGGGUCAGCUGGUGUGUGUGUGUAUGUGUGUGUGUGUGUGUGUGUGUGCGCGCGUGUGCGUGUGUGUGUGCAGUGCUGCACUCCCACCACACGGGGGAGUCAACUUCCUUUUUUUGUGGGACUAAUGGCCAGUGUGAGGACAACAAACGAACGGACUGUCACACACAUUCGUACAGGAAAGCACACACACACGGUUGUUCACAUUGUGACUCCGUCACACACACAAACAACAUAAAGACUGUCUGACAGACUCAUCUGUGAUUCCUCCUGUAUUUUCCUCUCUACGAGCAGUGUGUGUGUGUGUGUGUGUGUGUGUGUGUGUGUGUGUGUGUGUGUGUGUGUGUGUGUGUGUGUGUGUGUGUGUGUGUGUGUGUGUGUGUGUGUGUGUGUGUGUGUGUGUGUGUGUGUGUGUGUGUGUGUGUGUGUGUGUGUGUGUGUGUGUGUUCCUCAGUCAACACACACACACUUGGGACAAACUCCUCCUCCUCUGUCGAAUGUACCACGAAGCCGUGUUCAGAUUCCUUCUUUCUCUCUCGUCUCUGUGGGAUUUUUUUAAAUCUGCUGCUCUUCGAAAAAAAAUCUCUGUGACAUAAAAAACAAACAAAAAAAGAGCUGCGGUUUCCCAGACGACGAUGAUGACGAGCGCGGCUCAGAUUGUGACACUCAAAAGAUUGAAUGUCGGUAGCAUGAAAGUACGACUGAAUUAUUUUGUUGGCUGAUUGCACUUUAAAGGAAAGGCCAACGUCAAACGGAUUGUGGCAAUAUGAGGCCUUUACCCGAGAAAUGAUACACAGCAGCAGUGUGUGUGUGCUUGCGUGUGUGUGUGUGUGUGUGCGGGCUGAGAGACUGGCUGUUGAUUGGAAGAUGAGUGACGUUGAUGAUCCUUGUUCUGAAGCGGGAACCAGUAGAAAGGCAGUAAGCACAGAUUUUAUCCUCUCUCUCGCUUCUACAGUGAACCGAUUUAUUACAAAAAGAAGAAAAAUUCAUAGUUUUUAAAGUCAUAAAAAAAAAAAAAACACUAUUGAGAAACAAAAACAAAAAACAGAUUAAAUUUCAGAAACUCUCCACGAAUAUUUCUACUGAUUCACGAGGUCGUCGUAUCAUUCCAGAGAGAUGAUUUUUUUUCCUUUUUUUUUACAGUGUUGCUCUUGGUGCAGAAAUAACCUUGGACUGGUUAUGAUAUGAUUUGAUAUGAUAUGAUAUGAUAUCCGUGUUGAGCUCACACACUCAAGAACGACAGCAAUAAUCCUUCCUCCUUCCUUCCUGGUUUCUCCUCCUGAGGACAAAGCGGAAAAUCGUGUCCCCUGAGCGACGGUACUGCAGUAUUAAUAUUAUUAUUAUUAUUAUUAGACGUGAUGUCUCGUCCGGAGCCGUUUAUUCCCUCUUUCUUUUCUUUUUUCUUUCGUCUGUGAAUAUGAAUUGUAAAUAUGCUUCAAAUGUACUAUAUAUAUAAAUAUAUAUAUGCUUUUGUAGGUCACAUACUGUUUUUUGCACAGAUUGUACGGCUCAAUAUUUAAAAGUGUAAUUUUCUUAUUCCGUCAUAGGUCAUCAUAGCUUUUAUUUUUCAGUACUUUUCAGCGCCGGUUGGGAAAAAGGAAGCGGCCCUUUCUUUUUUCUGUUUUUUUGUGAUCUUCAAAUCUUAAAGUCUCUCUUUAUUUUUUCUGAGGACACAGUCGUAGCUAAACAGGUGCUAGCGAGUACAUUUUUAAAAAGUAAAUACAUUUUUUUUUGGGCCAAAACGCAAAAUAUGCCUGUAAGAAAAAGAGUUGACACGUGAUUGUGUUCGGCUCGUCGGAGCCCAGACGUCUGACCCGGAUGUGGUGGGGUUGAUAUUUUGUUCUGAUCCGGAAUCUCAUGUUUUCCGUGCAUGAAGCUUCACUUCUGCUUAUUUCCUCCUUCAGCCUCAGAUAUGAGACUUAUGGAAAUCAGUCAAUCAGAGGUUGAACUGUUUUUUGGGGGGUUUUGUUUGUUCGCAGAUGUGAAAUCCUAUGACGGAGUUUUAGGGCCACAUGGAGGAAAAAAACUAAAAGUUAGACUUCGAGAAUAAAGUUGUGAUAUUAUGAGAAUAAAGUCGUGAUUUUACUAGAAAAAUUAGAAUUUUAUUUUUAUAUCACGAAAAUAAAAAGCAACCCAGGAAACAGACGUGAGCCUUGAAAACAGGAACGUUAACGUCACGUUAUCAUAUGUGAAACGUUUAUUAAACGAUUAAUAUUUUGACUAUUUUUCUUGUAAUAUUAAAAGUUAAAAGAGUUUUUUAAAGUCAUAUUUAGACUUUAGUCUUGCAAUAUUUUGACUUUAUUGUCAUAAUAUUAUGGCUUUGUUCACGGAAUAUUAUGAUUUUUUUCUGGUAAUAUUCCGACUUUAUUCUCAGAAUAUUUUGACUUUAUUGUCAUAAUAUUAUGGCUUUGUUCACGGAAUAUUAUGAUUUUUUUCUGGUAAUAUUCCGACUUUAUUCUCAGAAUAUUUUGACUUUAUUGUCAUAAUCUUACGACUUUAUUCUCGUAAAAUUAUGACUUUUUUCUUGUAAUAAUACAACUUUAUUCUCGUAAAAUUACGACUUUAUCCUAAUAAUAUUACGACUUUAACCCAAAAAUACUACGACUUUAUUGUCAAAAUAUUUUGACUUUGGUCUUGUAAUAUUACAACUUUAUCCUCAUAAAUUUCCGACUUUAUUCUCAAAGUCUCAUAUCAUAUUUUCUCUCUGUGUGGCCCAUAAUAGUUCGUAGUAAAAUCCUGACAGAAGCAACACGACAAAAGCAUUUAAAUCCCCCAAAAUUAACCUGUUGAACUUCUCAGUUUGCCUUUUAUUUUAUUUGUAAUUAUUUUUUCUUUGUGUUUUUUCCUGUGAAGCUUUUAUCGUUUAGGAAUCAAAACCUUUGAACUCUCGCUCAAUCCAAAGAUUUCCGUUCGUCCUUCCGCCGCAGUGCGUAGACAAACCGUUCCUGACGUAGAUCGUGCAAAGUUCUCAUGUGCGCUUUUACUGUUGCUGCACAUAAAACCGUUGAUAUUCAUUAAAAAUAACAACUCAAAUCUGUUCAAUUGCAUAUGUUAUAUCAUCCGACUGACGUAGAGUAGAGACGCGUCUGCUUCUGCUGAGCUGGUUUUGAGUUUCUAGUUUUGUGAUUCUUUUUCUUUCUGUAGAACUUCCUCCAGGUUUGAACUGUGGUGCUGUAAAACGGUUCCUUCACCAGAGAACGUGGAGAGAAGAUUUUCACGAGCGAUGUCGUUAUGUCUCGGAAUAACAGUCGCCUGGAGUUGUUUUGUUUGUUUGUUUUUGUGUUUUUUAUAUCCCAAUCUCAAAUGAAGAAUAUGAACGAUUGAUGUAGAAGUAUUAAGAAAAAAACGCCUGUGUUUUGCUGAAAAGAAAAGAGAAAAAACACACCUGGGAAACUUAAACAGUCGUUAUUACAAGGAUGUAAAAUACUAUUGCAUUUUUUUCUUACCUUGUUUUCUUGAUGUUAAUAUCGAUGUAAAUAUAAAUUUAUAUUUAAACAUUAA